AUGGCGGACGACAAAGAUGGUAACGUGCGGGACCUUCGGAGACUCGCCAAACGAUACGGAAUAACGAUCCAGUCGCCCCCAAAUGCACAACAUUGGCCGGCAGCCCAUCAGCGCUUGUUCGAGAGUAUCCGCAAGAUUGGGGAUCAGGAAUUCGACAGUUUCUGUGCUAGUAUAGACAUCCGAUCUAAUGAUGAGCCCUGGCGGGAACAGACGAAAUAUCGUGCGGAGUGGUUGGCGAAACGUGCUGGUCGCCUCUUCAAUCAGCAACGAAACGAGGCUGGUUGGAGGUUCGGUUUGGAGAAUGAUGUUCUUCGAAGAUUCAGUGUUGAAGUUGCUUGUCCAAAAUGUCGUGCUAGGAUCUGGCGUUCGGAGAUUGAAGCCUGCAUCAAUGAGCUUGACGAGGUUGCUACAAACCUGGAAGACCGGAGGAAAAAUCGGAAGUCAUGCACUUGUGCACCCAACGAUCGGCCACAGGAUUACUAUGAGAUCGGUACCAAUCCCUUGUUCGAUGACCGAACUCAAGAAGUGAUCAUUCAUGAUGCAUUAUUACGACCCCAACUACCAAAGCAAGAACCAGAUCGAGUCUAUGGGCUGCAAGAGACGAAUAAUUUCGAGAAGCUUUUGUCAAACCCCGUACCAGGCGCACUUGCUGACGACGCCGAUGUCACUCUCAGGGAGCUGGUGAGGAGCUGCCCCUUUAAGGACGGAGUGGAGCCUUUGCGAAUCGAGGCGAUGCCUGGAGAGUAUAUGGAUGUGGUCUCUCAGAUAGCGAACCCGCUAAAUAUGUGCGUAUCCCCUCCCAAUUUAUUUUAUCACGGAAUAUCAAGUUAA